AUGCUUUUGGAAUUGGAGUCUCACUCAGCUACAGGAAAGAAAUCUCCCAGCAAGACUUAUAAGACGACUCGUUCAUCUGCUCAAUUACCAAAAAAUCCUUCUCAAUCUCUCGUUCCCUUAGGACCUUCCUCUUCUUCUAGCUCAAGCUCUAGCUCUGAUUUUUGCUCUUUAACUUUGACGUCUAAAAAAAAGAAAAAUAAUAAUAAUAAAUUACAAUAUCCACUUUCUCCGUUAUUAAUUAAAGACCCCCUUCUAAUGUAUGGAAGUACCAUGGUUCCAGGGGGAUCUUCUUCCCCAGGAUUUAAAACUUUUUCUCUAACAGAACCAACGUUCCCAAAACUUGUGUCAAAAUACAAUUCACAUAAUAGACCCCUCAAUAGACAAUACUCUGCAAAAUAUGUGGAUUUCCCACCAGUCAAAAUCGGAUUGCACUCUAAAACACAUUACCCAAGGGUUCACGGUACAGUGGGUGAUACAAUUGUGGGGCCUUCUACACAACGGGUCAAGGCUCUAGCAGCCUACCAUGCACAAUUAAACAAGGGUACAUUUUUCAAUAACCGAGCUUUAGUUGAUUUUUCCAAAAUCCCUGCGUGGUUUACAGCAAGAGAUAUUUAUUUUAACGCUUCAAAUUUGUCAAAAAGAAAGAAAAAAAUGGCUCGUAUCAAGGUUCAAGGAAUGCGGCAAAUGACGGAGAUUAACGCCGCACUUAUUGAGGCCAAAGAAAUGGAAGUGGAGGUAGAAACAAAUGAGUUUGAUUAUCAUUCGGAAGAAGAUGAAGAUGAAGAUGAAGAUGAAGAAAACGAAGAUGAUUAUGAUAAUGAAGAAGAAAAAAAAGAAAAAGAAAAAGAAUUGAGCAAUAAAGAUAAUGAAAUGAUUGUUGAAGAAGAAAAUAAAUUGAUAAAAACAGCAUCACUGGUACAAAAGAAAACUAGAGAUAGUGAGACUACAUUUCUCAGAGAGUACAAGGUGAUGAUGAUUGCAGUCCCCAAAGCUAACCAGCUCCCAUCGACACUCAAAAACGAAGUCUCGGAAGAAGUAUCUAUGAGAAAAUCUGAGGAUACAAUGCACCGAGACAAGCGGCGCAACUCAUCAUUUUCGCGAGCAUUUCUUGGAUUAACAAAGCCUGGGGUGACCAAGAAGCGGAAUGGGGGAGUUAAAAAUGGUGGAGAGAUUCAGUAUGAAGGUGAAGUUUAUGAAGUUCAAGUUGAAAGUGAUUAUAAGAAAAAAAAGGGAGGGGUGACAGCAGUAGUGACCGAAAUUGGAGACGACGAAAGCUGUGUACAACAGGAGAAAAAGAGAAAACGAAUCAGGUUUUCAGACCAAGUGGAAUACUCAUGGUUUGAGUACCUAGCAGCAGAAGAUGUGGCAGAAGUGAGAUCAAGUAUGCUGCAUAAUGGAGAGAUGCCAACAACUCCGUUUGCAAUGGCUUCUUUGACAAGGCCACGGGGGUCCUUUUCAUGGACUCUUAAGGGGAUGAUGAUGUCUCAUAGUACGAGUCUUUUAUCUGGGGGAAUUGGUAAUGGGACCAUAUUGAGUGAGACGACUGAGGGUAGUGGGGAGGAAGUUAAGCAGCCAGCCGAGCUAGCUCCAGUUCUAACAUCAUCAGCACCACAAGAAAUGUACAAACUUAGGCCGGCAUCCAAGUCAAUUACAUCACUUGUUUCUCUAUCAAAUCUACCAUUAGAAGAAGCCGUUAAUGCACUAAACUACCACGAAAACGCGCCGUCCAGUCUCCCUGUGACUAGAUUUUUGUACCCAGUGUCUUCAGCAGGAUUGCUGACGAGUGUGAAUAGCCGUGGGGAAAAACAAGUUUACUCUCACUCUUCCCCACGAGGACUUGUGAGAAGGGACACAGCGUCACUGCAUGCGGUAACACGGAUGUUGAGCAAAUCACUUGGACGAUCUGGACAGUGGAGUAGUGGGGGGAAUGAAGUUGGAAGUAGUGGGACAGUUUCUGGAAGCGCGAUGAGGUUUCGGAAAGAAGUUAUUAGGAAAAAGACACAUCAUUUUUAUAUUGCGCGAGUGUUUCGAACAAACUUUGGAGACGAGGAUGGUGGAAGGGUAACAACUGAGGAAGAAGAGGAAGAAGAGGAUGAGCUGAUGGUGAAGGGAUUACAAAAUAAAGCAGAAGGUAGUAUUAGAGGUAUUAUGAAAGUGCGCAGGGUACCUGUUGUUGCAGAACACGGGGGUCUAGGUGAUAAAAAGGCUAAUCAACAAGAAGAAGCCGUAGCAGAUGGAGCAGGCUCAGAUUAUCCAGAGUCUAUAUAUCGGUACUAUCUUGAGACAGACGGGGAGAGAACUGGUAGAGACAGUGAUGAUAAAGAUGAAGAAGAAGACCAACCAAUAGAUGGGCUGCACUGUCACCAACAACCACACCGUCAUCGUGGGCUGCGACCAUGGCGAGUUGGAAAUGGCACGGUAUCAGUAUCAUCAGCUUCUUUUAGUCCCAGUAAAAAAGUGUGGUGGCAGAGUUUCUGUGAUUCUGGUAAUGACGGUAAUGACGGCGAUGAUGGUGUUUCUGGAUUUUCAUUUGUGAAACCUCUCAGCAGUAGUAUCCAGACCAAAGAAUCUAAAAAAAAAAAUUAUUAUUUUGGGAAAAAAGGCGAUAGAAUUAAUCUUGAAGGGUACUUGAAUAACUGUUACUGUGACAAGUGUAAUGAGGCUUACUUACAAAACCAUGUGGAACCUUACGCAGAGCCCGUGCAGAUUGGUCCUUGUCGUAAGUACCGGAUAACAGCAUCCAAUAUUGUUGGGAGAAGUUCUUCUAAAUCAAUUUCUACGGGUUUAAAUUCAAAUUCAAAUUCAAAUUCAAACGAUAGUUUAAGUGCAAGUGCUUUAGGUCCACCUAAAACAGUACUAGCACCUCAGCAACAAGUCCCGGGCCGCUCACCAUCGCCUCUAUCGUUGUCUACAGGGACUGUUAGUAAUGGUAAUGGUAAUGGUAGUGGUAGUGGUGGUGGUAGUGGUGGAAUGUCACGAGGAUUGGUUGCAGGGAGUGGGAAAAGUGAGUGGGAGGGUAAGUAUUUGGAGACGAAUGCACCGCGGAUGCUAGAGUUUAUGUAUUAUAAUUGGGUAUUUUUUGGACAGAAGCCACCUGAAGAACCUCAAUUUUUGUAA